GAGAAUGGGAGAAGAGCGGAGCUGCUGAGCGCCCCGGCGAACUCCUCUCCUCUCUCCUCACCUCGCUCUCACGGCCCGCCCGCCCGCCACCUGCUCGCCGCCCCAGAACAUCUUCCAUCAUGGCCACCUCAGCAAGUUCCCACUUGAACAAAGGCAUCAAGCAGGUGUAUAUGUCCCUGCCUCAGGGUGAGAAAGUCCAAGCUAUGUAUAUCUGGAUUGAUGGUACUGGAGAAGGACUUCGCUGCAAGACUCGCACCCUGGACUCUGAGCCCAAGAGUGUAGAAGAGUUGCCUGAGUGGAAUUUUGAUGGCUCUAGUACUUUUCAGUCUGAAGGCUCCAAUAGUGACAUGUAUCUUGUACCUGCUGCCAUGUUUCGGGACCCCUUCCGCAAGGAUCCCAACAAGCUAGUGUUCUGUGAAGUUUUCAAGUACAACCGAAAGCCUGCAGAGACCAAUUUAAGGCACACCUGUAAACGGAUAAUGGAAAUGGUGAGCAACCAGCAUCCCUGGUUUGGAAUGGAACAGGAAUACACUCUCAUGGGCACAGAUGGUCAUCCCUUUGGUUGGCCUUCUAAUGGCUUUCCUGGUCCCCAAGGUCCAUAUUACUGUGGCGUGGGAGCAGACAAAGCCUAUGGCAGGGACAUUGUGGAAGCUCAUUACCGGGCCUGCUUGUAUGCUGGAGUCAUGAUUACGGGGACAAACGCUGAGAUCAUGCCUGCCCAGUGGGAAUUCCAAAUAGGACCUUGUGAAGGAAUCCACAUGGGAGAUCAUCUCUGGGUGGCCCGUUUCAUCUUGCAUCGCGUAUGUGAAGACUUUGGAGUGAUAGCUACCUUUGAUCCCAAGCCCAUUCCUGGAAACUGGAAUGGUGCCGGCUGCCACACCAACUUUAGUACCAAGGCCAUGAGGGAGGAGAAUGGUCUGAAAUACAUUGAGGAGGCCAUUGAGAAACUAAGCAAGCGGCACCAGUACCACAUUCGUGCCUAUGAUCCCAAGGGGGGCCUGGACAAUGCCCGGCGCCUAACUGGAUUCCACGAAACCUCCAACAUCAACGACUUUUCUGCUGGCGUGGCCAACCGUAGUGCCAGCAUCCGCAUUCCCCGGACUGUCGGCCAGGAGAGGAGGGGUUACUUUGAAGACCGUCGCCCUUCUGCCAACUGUGACCCCUAUUCAGUGACAGAAGCCCUCAUCCGCACGUGUCUUCUCAAUGAAACCGGAGAUGAACCCUUCCAAUACAAAAACUAAAUGGACUAGACCUCAGCCUUCAAGCCCCUCCUAGUUCUGCCUCCCACUCCAGCUCUUCACCCUCUGUGUUAUCCCGCUUGUCCCGAUUGUAACUCAAAGGGUGGAAUAUCAAGGUCUUUUUUUAUUCCUCA